AUGGAAAUCCACUGUAAGCACGACCCGUUUGCAGCAAUGCAUAGGCAUGGCGGGGUGAAUCAGCUCGGAGGAGUCUUUGUGAAUGGCCGCCCUCUCCCCGAUGUUGUCCGGCAGCGAAUCGUAGAACUGGCCCACCAAGGAGUGAGACCCUGCGAUAUCUCCCGGCAGCUCAGAGUGAGCCACGGCUGCGUUAGCAAGAUCCUGGGCAGGUACUAUGAAACGGGAAGUAUAAAGCCGGGAGUAAUUGGAGGAUCCAAGCCAAAGGUCGCUACACCCAAAGUGGUAGAUAAAAUCGCCGACUAUAAGCGUCAAAAUCCCACCAUGUUUGCCUGGGAGAUCCGAGAUAGACUGUUGGCAGAACGAGUCUGUGACAAUGAUACGGUGCCCAGUGUCAGUUCUAUUAACAGGAUUAUCCGAACAAAGGUACAGCAGCCUCCAAAUCAACAAUCGCCAGUCUCGUCUCAUACUAUAGGUAACUCUGUGCCAGUGACUCCAGUCCCAUCAGCUGCCACAGAUUCAGCAGGAUCUUCGUAUUCCAUCAGUGGAAUUCUGGGAAUCACACCAUCUAAUAAUGAGAAUAACAAGAGAAAGCGCAAUGAAGGUGCUCAGGAAAAUCCAAUGCACAAUGGACACUCCCACCCGAGCAGGGAUUUUCUGCGGAAGCAGAUGCGUGGCGAGCUCUUCACACAGCAACAGCUAGAAGUGUUAGACAGAGUCUUUGAAAGACAGCACUACUCAGAUAUCUUCACAACUACAGAGCAGAUCAAAUCUGAGCAGAAUACAGAGUAUUCCACCAUGGCAUCGCUAGCUGGAGGACUGGAAGAUAUGAAGUCGAGUCUAGCAAAUCCAGCUGACAUAGGGGCCAGUGGUCCAGGACCUCAAUCUUACCCAAUUAUUACAGGUCGUGAUUUGGCUAGUACGACUCUUCCUGGUUAUCCUCCACAUGUGCCCCCCGCUGCACAGAGCAGUUACCCACCCCCGACACUGACAGGGAUGGUGCCUGGAGGUGAUUUUUCUGGGAGCCCAUAUUCCCAUCCGCAAUAUACAACUUAUAACGACUCCUGGAGAUUCCCCAAUGCUGGAUUAUUAAGUUCCCCUUAUUAUUACAGCACCGCAGCCCGGGGGUCGGCGCCUCCUGCUGCCACUGCGGCCUACGAUCGCCACUAGCCGGGAAGGGGGAGGCCCAGGCUGCAGGUAGUGAAGAAAUUGUGCACUUACAACACAUAUCA